AAAGUAGACAUAAUCUGACAUUAGGAAUUCCUCUUCUUUAAGUUUCAUAUUAAUUGUGAAUGAUCAGGAUGGUGUUAACAUGUAUUAGAUGGUACAUGUAAAAAUAAAAUGUAGUCUUUACUACAGACUUACACACUAUCACAGGCACGUAAAUCUUUAAGAUACAAACUGGAUCAUCUGAUCGACAAAAGUUGUAGAGACAAUGGAACCUUUGAGCAUAAUUCUACUAUGUGUUUUUAUUCCGGUUAUAGUCCUUCUGAUUUUAUGUCUCCUUUGCCUUUCCUUGUAUUGGAAAAAGAAGUGGAAAUCAAGAAAUAUAUCAACUGAUUUAGAGGCACAUACAUGUACAGAGAUAGUGAGCAAGAAUAUAUCCAAAGAGUGUGGGAAAGACACGUUUCGGUUUGAAGACGAAAGAAAAAGCAAAGUCAAUGAUGAAGAGGCGCAGAGUCCACUUAUGGCUUUGGGUGAGAGUGACAGUUCUCAACAUCUGAAUACUAACCAGGAAAAUGUCAUUGAUACAACUGCGUCUAAAAAAUUCGAAGAGCCAAGAACAAAGAGUUACGUUCACACAAAGGAAAUAAGCUUGCAGACUGUGUGUCCUGAAUCCAUUGACAAAUAUACGCAGACUAUAUAUACUGUGGAGAACGAAGGGACACAAACCGAUGAGGUAUCUACAAACUAA